AUGUCUGUAUGCUUUGACGAAGCUCAGUUCUCUAGCAUGAAGUGCUGUGAGCCUAAUGAGGCAAGUUGUGAUACAAAUUCAGUCUCAAGUAAUAGGUUGGCUGCGCAAAUGAACCACCAACAUCUUCGAAUAUCCAACCGUAUGCAAGCACCGAAGUCAGAUGAGAAUAUCAAGGGCAUUGAUAUACAGAUGGAGAAUGAGCCACACUCGCCAGCCUCUGAUGGAGAUUGUUCAGCUCCUCCACACCCCAAAGACGCUCCAAAUGUGGGCCUGUUAGGUGGUUCACCCCCAAAGCCUGCCCUUGAAGAACUGCCAGGAUCCUUUAUCCCAAUUGCUGUGGUUGGUAUGGCGAUGAGACUUCCUGGGGCUGUUCGCACAGGGGACCAAUUUUGGGACUGUUUAAUCAGGAAAGAAGAUGGUGUCUAUGCAUUCUAUCAUCCGACCAAGGAAGGCUGCACUAAAACCAAGUAUGGCUAUUUCCUAAAAGACGACCCAGCCUGUUUCGACGCCCAUUUCUUCUCGAUACGGGACUAUGAAGCAGCCAGCAUGGGUCCGCAGCAGCGACUCCUGCUAGAGCUAGUUUGGGAAUGUCUUGAGAGUGCAGGCGAGACAAACUGGGAAGGGAGGGAUAUCGGUUGCUUCUUAGGCGUUUUCGGAGAAGACUGGCUGGGUCUUUCCCAUCGGGAUCCAGAGACCAUUGACAGAGCCCAUGCUCUCUCUACGGGCGAUUAUACUCUGGCAAACUGCAUCUCCUACAAGUAUGACUUCCGGGGCCCAAGUAUGACAGUCCAAACGGCCUGCUCAUCCAGCCUAGUCGCAGUUCAUGAAGCAUGCCAGGCCUUGGCCGCUGGAGUUUGCUCAUCUGCUAUUGUUGCUGGCACUAAUCUUAUCUUUAGCCCUACAAUGACAGCGAGCCUGUCCAGCAAUAUGAUACUGCAAAGCAUCUCGGCCGACCCCCUAGGCGGAAGGGCCUCGGCCAGGAUAAAUCGAGUAAAGCAGCAUGACACUCCUUACCUGAUUCAUCCAACCAUGAUUGAUCAAUGCCUGCAGCUCGUGAGCGUUGCAGGGGCAGCAGGGAUAUUUCGGCGCAUCAUGAAAAAUACAAUCCCUGCUUCGAUCGAUCGAAUGUUCAUUGGCAGAGGUGGUGACCAUAUGCAAGUUGGGGUGACUGUCAAACGGGGAUCUGGCAACUACUUCGUGGGAGACGCAACUGCUAUGCUUGAUGGCAAAGUAGUACUUUCCAUGAAGCGCGGACUGCUCUUCUCACUGGGUGAUCAGGAACAGACCCAGUCCAUCCCACUAGUAGCGCAGAUGCAAUGGAGGCCCAGCAUUGACUUUCAGCACCCUCAAGCGCUACUACCACACACAGAACUUUCUGUAGCCCAACUUGCAAUUCUUGAACAAAUAUCAGGCUCCCACUUGGAGAAAUGGAUGGUUAUGUCGAGCGCGGAAAAGGAUGCUAUGAUCGGAACCUUAAGUUCUAACGUGACUAGCGAUGUGGGCAUCGACGGCACAAUCCCAGUCGUCUGCAUGAACGAGAUCUAUGCGAACUGCCAAGGGAUCAUUUCCAAUCACGUUGCUCCGCUGGAUCUACUUCUGGACGAAAAUCGACUGGGCCGUUACUAUGCUUACUGCCAGGAGGGUGCUAACUGGAGCACAUUUCUGACUCUCUUAGGUCACUCAAAGCCAUGGUUUUGUGUUCUCGAGGUUGGAGCGAGCACUGGAGCUGCCACAGCGGCCACGCUACAAUCAUUAUACGUAUCAGGGAUGCCUAUAUAUGCGAAAUAUGUGUUUACUGAUAUAACCCCCAGUUUUCUCGCGGCAGCCCAGAGCAGAUUUGAGCGUUACCAGAACAUAGAAUAUAAGAUUCUCGACAUCUCUCGUGAUCCGCUCGAACAAGGCUUUGCAGCUUACGAGUUCGAUCUUGUCAUCGCAUCUAAUGUCAUUCAUGCAACACCAUCGUUGAAGCACUCACUUGCUAAUGUCCGGAAGCUGCUUAACUCGGAUGGGCAUUUCUUGCUCCAUGAGUUGCACUCAGAUAUACUGAGCAAUGACUACAUAAUGAUGCAGACCUUCAAACUCAUCUUAUGGCAGGGAACGUUGCCUGGAUGGUGGGUGGGUGAAAAGGACGGACGAACGAACAGACCCUACAUCACCCCAGAAAGAUGGCACCAGAAGCUACAAUCUGCUGGUUUCACAGGCACUGAGGCUACGCGCUAUGAGUUUGAUGCGCCUUACCGAUCUUUUGUCACCAUGAUCACACGACCCUCUCUUAGUCCAAGAAUAAAUCCGACGGUUUCGUUGCUAGUCUCUGAUCCUGGGCCCCCAAGCCCCUGGGCAAAUACUGUUCGUUCCAGGCUCACAGACCUGGGUAUACAGUGGAAUGGACAACUCUGGCCCACUCGCCUAUCGAUACCACUUCAAGCCAGUCGAUGCCUGGUUUUAUGGGUUACAAAGAGCACGCAAGUAACUUGUUGGAACACAAAUUUUGGCUUGGUACCAGGGUUCGUGCGAUCUAUCAGGCGAGAACUGGUGAUCGACUUUUGCAUACUUGAGAUCGAAUCGUUUGAUCGCAGUGCAGCAGAAGCUGUUGAAAGUAUUCUCCAAAAGAUCAGUCACUCCAGAGAGGCAUCAGGCCGAGAUCUGGAUUAUGAGUUUACGUUAUACGAGGGCACUAUUCAUACCAGUCGGUGUUAUUGGUCGCUAGGAAAUCAAAAUGACAUCCCGGAGCUAGAAUCAGAGCUCCCUAAAAGGAUCCAUAUUGGUAGGAGUGGUCGACUUGAUAGCCUCAGAUGGCGGGAAUAUCGUGAAGAGGACCUAGGUGACGACGAAGUUGAGAUUGACAUCCACUAUAUUGGUUUGAAUUUCCGGGAUAUCCUAGUAGCAUUGGGCUAUGUCGGCAACUCAGAUCAACUAGGAGUGGAAGGAAGUGGAACUGUUCGACGAGUCCGUCAUCAUGUCACCGAUCUCAUAGUCGGGGAUCAGGUGCUGGUCUUGGGCCCGGGACUUUUUGGCACUCGGUCGGUUGUCAAUCGACGGCGCUGUAAAAAGCUAGACAAAGGGCUGUCCUUGGAGGAUGCAGCAAACAUGGCGCUUGUGUAUCCGACGGCAAUCUAUUCAUUGAUGAUACAGUUCACUGAUGGCAGCACGAAGACGGUUCUUGUUCACUCUGCAUGUGGCGGAUUCGGUAUGGCUGCUAUUCAAGUAUGCACGCUACUUGGUGCAGAGAUAUUUGCAACAGUUGGAAACCAGAUCAAAAGGGACCAUCUCAUCCAGAAAGUCAACAUCCCCCCAGAUCACAUGUUUGAUUCGAGAAGCGCAAGCUUUCUUCCAUCCUUGAUGGAAGCAACAGGCGGACGCGGGGCGGAUAUCGUUUUGAACUCCCUGGCUGGAAACCUGCUGCAUGCUUCUUGGGAAUGCGUUGCCCCAUUUGGAAAAAUGAUUGAACUAGGCAAGAGAGACUUUUCCCUCAAUGGCACCCUGAGCUUGAAGCCAUUCCUUAACAAUCGUGCUUUUAUUGGUGUCGACCUUCUGGAGGUGUUACAUACAGAUCCAGAGACUAUCCACCGUGAAAUUACGCAACUUGUAUCGUGGUACGAAGAGGGCAAGAUCCUGCCCAUUCGUCCGGUCAGAGUAUUUGAAGCCCGUGACGUGGCGGACGCAUUUCGAUAUAUGCAACAAGGCACCCAUAUGGGGAAAAUACUUGUAAGAAUGCCUCAAGACUCUGGCCAACUACCGAGCUCGAGUAUAGAGAAAUCCGCGUCAUUCCAUCCAGAAGCAUCCUAUCUCCUGGUCGGUGGGCUUGGAGGCCUGGGGCGUGCAGUAUCCACAUGGAUGGUAGAGAAAGGGGCACGACACUUAGUGUACCUUUCUCGGAAUGCAGGAGUACAGGAUGAUGAUAAGGAGUUCAUACAUGAGCUCGAGAUCGCAGAUUGUCAUGUGCAGUGUGUUCGGGGAAGCGUCAUAAACCUUGAAGAUGUGCAAUGUGCCGUUGCAAGGAGCAAGAAGCCAUUGAAAGGAGUUCUGCAGAUGUCCUUAUGUUUGAGGGACGGCCCUUUUACGAAUAUGAGCUAUGAGGAUUGGCAGGCGUCAAUAGCGCCCAAGGUCCAGGGCACAUGGAACUUGCACAAGGCAGUCGCAAAAGAAGAUCUGGACUUUUUUGUUCUAUUCGGCUCUUUGGUUGGGCUUUGCGGCAAUACCAGCCAGGCCAACUACGCAGCAGCUAAUAGUUUUCUUGACGGAUUCUCACAGUAUCGUCGCCAGCUCGGCCUGCCGUCGUCCGUCCUGGCACUUGGGGCUGUUGGAGAGACUGGCCUAAUCACCCGACAGCCACGGCUUCUGCAGGCAAUGAAAAGUGUUGGCACAUGGCUUCUAGGGGAGGAUGAGGUGCUAAAAGGGCUAGAGGUGUGUAUCUUACAGUCUCAUGCACCCAGCAGGAUCUCGACCUCGGGCCCUGUCAUAGUCGGGCUUGGAUAUACAAGACCGCUUUCCGAUCCAACCGUUCGACUCUUAUGGCCUGAACGUGACGCUCGAUUUGCAUCCUACGCAAAUAUCGACAGCAUCUCCGAGCAACAGUCUGGCGAAGCAAGUAGCAACUUGCUGCGAGACCUAGUUCGUGAAGCAGAAAGGGACCCAAGUAUCAUGUUCAGCAAGGAGACCAUUGAUCUUAUCAUGAAGGAGACUGCCCGCAUGGUUUGCGCGUAUCUGGCUGUAUCUCAAGACCUUGACGAGAAGCAGAAAUUGGAUGUUGUGAUUGACUCUCUUGCCUCCAUCAAGAUCAAGAGCUGGGUACAGCGCAACCUGGGACUCGAGAUCAGUAUGCCUGAUAUUGCCAAGUCACGCACUGUGAGAGGACUGGCGCAAUUGGCUGUGGGGCGUUUGAAAGCGCAUUUCAAGGCGAAGAUGGACAUGGAAGGAGCGCAUGAAGAAACUGCUACAGAAGUUCCCAACUAG